AUGGCCAUGUGUGAAGCGGAGGGAGAGGGGGAUGCGGAGGGAGAGGGGGAUGCGGAGGGAGAGGGGGAUGCGGAGGGAGAGGGGGAUGCAGGGGAUGCGCCGCCUCACAGCUCCCUGCUCCCAUGUGUCGUUCACCCUGAGGUCCCCGCCUCCCCAUCCCCCCUCUCCUCCUCCCCCAUCCACCCCUCCCCCAUCUCCCCCUCUCCCCGGACUCGCACUGCCGCCCACGCUCGCGCGCCUGUGUCGCCAGCACCACCAUGCGUUUCAAGCGGCUCGCUCGCUUCCAAUUCGGUGUCUGCCUCUCCUUCCCCCGCCUCACACCAAUUCUCUCCCACGUUGCUGCCUUCACCCACCCCUCCACAGCGCGUCUCCACGCACCCUCUCGCGCGCACGCCCUCCUACACCUUUCCCCCGUUUUCCCCCUUUUCCCGCCCGACCCCACCUGUCCCCACCCGUCCGCCUGCGCCUUCUCCCCUCUUCCGCCCUCCUGCCCCCCGUUCUCCCACCCCUCGCAUCAUUUCCGCCGAACCCAAACCACACGCGCUAUGCCGGCGCCGCCGCUGUGGUGCUCACAGCGACGGUGCUGUUUCCGCCACUGCAGCCGCCGGAAGCCUCGCCUGCGCGCCCGUGCUUCCCCCAUCCGCCAUUGCCGCUGCUCCUCGCCCCUCUGCCGUUCUUCUUGCUCUUGUCAUCUAG